AUUUGAAGGCUACACAACUUUUUUCCAUGAUACACUGCUUAUGAUGAUUUUUGCUAACUAGAGUCUCCUAUGCGUUUAAAUGAAAACUGUGAGGAGAAUAUACAGAAAAUAUGACUGAAUAAUUUAAAAGUGAUGAUGAACUAAGUUGUUUCGCUAACGUUACUGAGAGAUUUUGUUUCAAAAUUCCAUUGAAACUCUUUUGGAUGACAUUCUCUUGGCUGUCUGAUAUUACAAAUUUUUUAGAAUGAUGAAACUAAAGCACGACGGGCGGUCAGAUAUAGAACAUGUUUCAUUUUAAGCGAUUUGUUUAAGGUGUAGCAUUGUUCAAAUGGUGAACCAGUGCUUUACUGAUGAAUUUUUUUUUAAAAAGCUUUUAUCGUUUUAAGCUUAAUUUUUUGAAUUAUACCAGUACUAGCAAUAAUUAUUUUUUACAAAAGAUUUUUGAUUCGUAAAUUAUAAGCAAAUGUUUAAAAAUGUAAUAAUAUGAAAUCCAAUUAUUUUAUGCGUUGAGACAAUUAUGACAUUGACGAAUCGUUUUCAUGAUCGAGCUCAUGUUAUUUUACUUAUUGAUCUAAAUUGUUUUUAUUGCCAAGUUGAAGAACUGUGUGAUGUGAGCAUUGUUGGAAAACCUGUCGCAGUGUACCAAAAAAAUUAUGUUGUUACAAGCAAUUACGCGGCAAGAGAUCUUCACGUGUACAAAGGAAGUUCGGUCCGUGAAGCUAAAGAAAUUUGUCCUCAACUCAUAUUAAAAAAUGGAGAAGAUUUAACUAAUUACAGAAAAGCCUCUGAUGCUUUUUUUUCUAUUUUACAGGAGCUUACAUAUAACACUGAAACCACUGUACAAAAAGUUGGACUUGAUGAAGUAUUUCUUGAUAUAACCGUUUUAUCCAAAUUAUGUUUGCGGUAUCUUUUGGAAUUAAAAAAGAAAAUUGUAACGUUACACCAAGAACAAAUCUCUCUUGUUCAACGUUUUCUUUCAAACCAUUUUAUCAGCAAUAUAAUCAAUAACUCAAGUGUAACAACCAAGGGCUGCUCUGCUAUUCCUUCCACACCAAAGGAUUCUUUUUCCAUAUUACACGUACCUUUCACGUAUCGUUUCGAUGACAAUUUACAGGAUACAAUACUUUUAGAAGAGGAAGGUUCACGAAAAUCCGUAUUAAAACAAUCCAAUUUUCUGUUAACGUGUGGAACGCACAUAUGUGACCAACUACGACAUGAAGUGUAUUCUCGAUUGAAAUUAUGUACAUCUGCUGGUAUUGGUGGUUCUAAAGUUGUUGCAAAACUUGCUUCCAAAUACCUUCAAAAACCUAAUACACAACUUGUUGUCUACUCUUCGGUGACGCCUCAAUUUAUACAAACACACCAAUUAUGCGACAUACCUCGUUUAGGAAGAGUUACAAUUUCCUCACUAAAAGAACACGGAAUCACAUCUAUAGCAGAAAUUUCAAAUUAUUCGGUAUCUUUUUUUUUAAACAUUUUUCAUGGAAAUCGAGCAUUAGCGGAAUACCUUCCCUUAGCCUGCCUUGGCAAAGAUAUCCUUGUAGACCCGGUUGUUAAUUCUGAAGUACCAAAAUCCAUUUCCGUAGAAGAUUCUUUUUCAAUACAGCGCGGUAUUACGAAUGAAAAUCAACUUUUCUAUACUGUAAAAAUGUUAACAUACCGUCUUGUUAAACGAGCUAAAGAUUACUUUCAAUCUUACCAAAAAGCACCUACUACCCUAAAAGUUGCCGUCAAAUUCUAUAGGCAAUUCAAUCGCCAAUCUCGACAAACCACACUUCCUCGUUUGUGUACCACUAUGUUAACUACAAACGACAAGAAUGAAAAAAUUGUUAAAAUUUUUUUUCAUGCAGCAAUCAACAUACUUACAAAUUGGAUUUUAAAGCAUUCUUUGAUCAAAACUCCCAUCCAUGUCGUGAAUCUAUGUUUAACGAAUUUUAAACAUUUACCACAGGAUUCCACAUUGCGUCAGUUCAUUCAAACUUCCAAAACAACAUCAUACUUCCAGUUGACGCGAAUUGUGAAGCGUUCUAAAAGAAAGUCGCGUGAAGAAAACUACAAAAAAUAUAGUGUAUUCAAAUCUUCUAUGACAAUAGUCUAACGAUUUUCUAAAUGUUUUUACAAGUAUUUUAUUUUACGCUGUCAACAUUUCGAUAGAACCCAAAAUUCUUGAAAUACGUUUAAACGUUU